AUGACUGGGCCUUCUGGCACCGUUACUCCCAACGAGGAGAAGAGCUUUAGCUGGUCUCCUUCCUCGCAAGUUCCCCACUUCCUGCGCAACCAUUACAGGACGAGCAGCAAUGGCCACUCGACUCCAGGAUUCCCCUCUUCCGGCAACAACAGCGCUGCAUCCUCGGUCAUCCAUCUUCCCAAUUCCAAUUCCUACAGCUCGGGCAGCACAAGCGAGAAGACCGAGCCACCCUCGUCUUUCCAGACAGUCCCUGUCUUGGGAGCUCAAGCAGGGAACGCACAGUCGACGCAGCCAUCCUCGAUGGCAGGCACAGAAGACAUACGCUCGAAACAGGCGGGAAAGCAGAAGCACAGCCUUGCCUUUGGCUUCUUCAGCCUCCUUUCAGUCAUCCUGGCCGCCGUCGUGAUUGCAUUCGGAUGGAUCAACACGCCGCAGCAAAAGCUCUGCCUCGCCUUCGAAGACGACUUCUCCGGCCGAACCACGCUCAACACCGACAACUGGGAGUACGAGGUGAGGACCGACGGCUUCGGUAAUCAUGAGUUCGAGAUGACGACCACACAGUCCAACAACUCGUUCAUCGAAGAUGGCAAGCUCUACCUGGUCCCUACGCUCACCUCGGAUGAGAUCGGCGAGACUGCGAUCACGGGCAACUACACCUAUAGCCUCAACAGCACGUGCACCGCCUUUCCGCAGACCCAGGGCGCCUGCGAGACCAGCUCGAAUGCGACGCUCGGCACCGUCAUUCAGCCGAUCAAGUCGGCUAGGAUCCGCACCAAAGCUUCCAUCAGCAGGGGCAGGAUCGAGGUUCGCGCUCGUCUUCCCGUUGGCGAUUGGAUCUGGCCAGCGAUUUGGAUGAUGCCCGAAGACUCCGUCUAUGGAGAGUGGCCUCGCAGCGGCGAGAUCGACAUUGUCGAGUCCAAGGGCAACACAGUCCAGUCCCGCAAGGACCGAUACCAGAACUCGGUCACGUCGACGCUACACUGGGGACCCUCGGCGGCCACGGAUCGAUGGGGCCUCACCACUUCCAACUUCUCGGUUCCCCGUGACUACUUUUCCGAGGAUUUCCACACCUACGGCCUCGACUGGACCCCGACAUCUCUGACCACCUGGGUAGACAAGCCCAGCCGUCACAUCAUGACGCUCGACAUGAACCGCGACUUCUUCGCGUUCAGCCGUCUGUCGCACCUGCUCUGGAACGGCACUGCCAUUCAGGAUCCCUGGAACGGAAAAAAGGGCGCGCCGUUUGAUCAGAAAUUCUACCUGAUCCUCAACGUCGCUGUCGGAGGCACCAACGGCUACUUCAGUGAUGCCGAGCGCAACAAGCCUUGGCAGAACGCCGGCUCCAACCCUGUCGCAGACUUCUGGGCCGCAAGGACGCGAUGGCUUCCUUCGUGGCCGAGCGACCCCAAGAAGCGAGGCAUGGCCAUCGACUCGGUCAAGAUGUGGCAGCGUUGCUGA